UAAAUAAAAUGUAAUAGCAAUAACCAAUUGAACCAAAAGUUUCACCAAGCAAGAUGGACGCCCACUGCGUUGUUGCUUCAGUCCUGCUCUUCAUCCAAAUGGUAAUGGUUCUCGUCAUGCUGAACCCCGCCUACGACCUCCGUAAAAUCACCAAUUAUCUUAACGAGAAGAUUGAAAAAUAUAAAGCAUAUGUUACGUUAGCAAUCGCUCUUUAUUUCGCUAUAAUUUUAUAUAUUGGCGUGUAUAGUCCGAUUCAAAACAUCAUUGAGUUAGGACUAUGUGAACAUAUAAAUCAGGAUGAAAGAGAGCUUAUAAUGAUCUGCACUGAGAAGAAUUGCAUAAUGACCGGGUUCUCCGUAUUCCUCGCAGUUAUUAUCUAUGGGAUAAAGUGUCUAGUUUCAUACACAGCUAGCUUGGUGGAACAGUCUGACAGACAGAUAACCCUGCCGCAACUGAAGCUCCUUAGACCAACCACAUUGACAAGCGCUCUGAAAAUGAAACGUUCGAUUUCAUACGAGACCAUACUGUUAGCGAAGGACUUGCGGGAGCAACUGAAUUUGUUGAUGAGAAAUGCGUGUACUGACUACAGCUACAGGUACAAGCUUCCCAAUAUUUUAGAUUCCUCAUUUCGGGUUGAUUGAAAUUAAACACAAUAUAAACAUUAAAGCA